UUUUAGAAAUUUGCCUGAUGCACCCCCUGGAUGUGGUGAAAACCAGGUUCCAGAUUCAGAGACAGGCAGUGGAUCCACACAGUUAUAAGAGCUUAGGAGACAGCUUUCGGGUGAUUUUCCGAACAGAAGGGAUUUUUGGGUUUUACAAAGGAAUUCUACCACCCAUUUUAGCUGAAACGCCAAAAAGAGCAGUGAAGUUUUCCACCUUUGAGCAGUACAAGAAAUUGCUAGGACAUGUGUCAGUGUCACCAGCAUUGACGUAUACCAUUGCUGGAUUGGGAUCUGGACUAACAGAAGCCAUCGUGGUUAACCCUUUUGAGGUAGUGAAAAUUGGUUUGCAAGUCAAUCGGAACACAUUCACAGAGGCAGCAUGUGACUACAGGAACAAAACUGGGACAGAGCAAGGAAUGCUCACAAGAAUGAAUGUACAGCACUCUGGUUUGCGCCUAGUGUUCCUUCUCUCUCUCCUGCGCCUAGUGGCUCUACACGGAGUCCAACAGCCAUCCACUUUGGCUUAUGCAAGACAAAUUAUUAAGAAAGAAGGCUUGGGACUCCGGGGCCUCAACAAAGGACUUACGGCGACUUUGGGACGUCAUGGAAUUUUCAACAUGGUUUAUUUUGGCUUCUACUACAAUGUCAAAAGCAUUAUCCCAGCCAAUAAGGAUCCAAUCCUGGAGUUUUGGAGAAAAUUUGGGAUUGGUUUUGUCUCCGGGACAAUAGGCUCAGUCAUUAACAUCCCUUUUGAUGUUGCCAAAAGUAGGAUUCAAGGGCCUCAGCCAGUUCCUGGAGAGAUCAAGUACAGAACCUGUUUUAAAACAAUGGCGACGAUCUAUCAGGAAGAAGGGUUUUUAGCUUUAUACAAAGGCCUGCUUCCCAAGAUUAUGAGACUUGGCCCAGGUGGUGCAGUGAUGUUGCUGGCUUAUGAAUACACCUAUGCAUGGCUGCAGGCAAACUGGUGAUUGCCUGAGAAAUGUUGUCCCCUUAACAGAAUUUUUUUUUUCUUGCAAUCCCAUGAAGAGGACAUGCCCAGCUAAACGAGGCAUACAUCUAAUGGGGGUAGGAUAGCUUACUCAAAAGCAAAGCCUAUUUUGAUGCUUUAGAAAUUUUUAGGCAAGUUGAUAUGUAGUUUGGGCCAUUGACAUAAUGCUGUGAGAAGAAUACUAAGAAGCAAUGAAGUGUAUAAGUUGAAUAAUAAGAUAGACAGCAGAGAAAUUUCAUAAAAGCUCUACAGACUUUGUAUCUUAUACUGCUUCACAAUGAAAAUUCAUUGCAAUAACGUUUCCUACACAAUCUAGAAUACUUAAAUUCUUUAAAAUAAAUUAUUCUGUGGCUAAUUCCUUGAAAAUUAUUCAAAAAAGACUGAUUUUUUUAAAAAGAUAAGCCAGAAUUUAAAGUUUUGAUAAGGAAUUGAUUUUUCCAUAAAUCAUAUUUUAAAAGAGCAGAAAAGGGAAAAAUGUAUUCCAAAAUAGCUUUUUAAGAAUGCUUGAUUUUGCAGGGUGUGGUGGCGUACCCCUUUGAUCCCAGCACUUGGGAGGCAGGGGCAGGCAGAUCUCUGUGUGUGAGUUCAAGGCCAGCCUCAUCUACUUAGUGAGUUCCUGGCCAACUGGGGCUACAAAGAGACCAUAUCUCAAAAAGACAAAAAAAGAAAAGUAUGUCUGACUUUGUGAGUGCUCUGUUAAGAUGUAAUUCUAUUUUCCUAAAUCUGCUUUAUAUUCCAUGUGUUUGUUUAAAAGUAGUAUGUUUAAAUCAUGCUAUCCGAAGUCUUAUUACAAAUAGAAUACAUGAUAUUAUAUUAAACUGCUUUCCUUUACAUAGUUUACCUUGAAGACAAGUUUUAUUACUGAAAUAUUUUUAUGUUAAAUCACUAACUGGAUGUACUCCUGGGGCCCAUCUGUGCUGCCUGUAUUUGCUUCCAAACUCCUUUGUACCUUACCUGUGCCAUUCUUAAAAGGAAUGUAGAAGAGUAAAAUUGUAUUUCCAGAUUCUUGGUUUUUAGUGACACCUUUAAGUAUGAAAUCAACUGUCUUCAAUAUUAAAAUGUGUGUGAUAAAAGAAAAAAAUGUUUCAAAAUAGGAGUGCAUUCUUAGCAUUUCCAAGGAUUCCUGUACUAACAUGCACUCUAAAGAAAAAUAUGUAGCUCUUUGGUCAUGACAUAACCAAAGUUAGUUUUGUGUCUGCAUUCUGAAAUGAGGCUGUUCUAGUAGUUAAAGUCAACAAAAAUGUCUGCAUGUUCUAGAUGACACCUGUUCUUAACUACUGCUGUGCGGCCACUUCACUAAAACAUUUUGAAAAUAAAAGGUAAAGAUGA